ACUUGUACAAAUACGAUUUCAACUUGAAAUGGUUGCGUGUCCCAUCCGAUUCUUGAGCUGCCACCACCGCCACCCACUUUCCAAUAGCAUUCAAACUGUUUCAUUUUCAGUUCCAACUUUCAAUUACCCAAAUCAAACUCAAACCAAUCCCUAAUUUCUUUCUUUCUUUGUAUCCUCCAUCACAAACUGCUGGAUUUGUAACUUCUUUGUGCUGCAAUUCAUGUGGGUUUGGUUGUUAUGCAUCUUCUUUCCCGCCUUUUCUUCCUACUUGUAUGCUUCUCUUUCCCUAUCUAUACAGUUUCUGGUUUAAACUCAGAUGGGUUGGCUUUAUUAUCACUUAAAACGCGAUGGACUUCCAAAUCUUCUCUCCUCCAUCAUUGGAAUCCCUCUGAUUCCACUCCCUGUUCAUGGCCUGGGAUUCUGUGUGAUGAAACCCUUCGUGUCAUCACCUUCAAUCUCUCUAACCGUGGCAUUUCGGGUCAGCUUGGACCCGAAAUUGCUCGUUUGAUCCACUUGCGUACCAUUGAUUUGACUACCAACGCUUUCUCUGGUGAAAUUCCUUAUGGGAUAGCUAACUGUAGCCAUUUGGAGUACUUGGAUCUCUCCUCGAACCAAUUUGGUGGAGAAAUUCCUCAAUCCUGAACUCACCUUCGAAACUUGACGUUUGUGAACUUCCAUGCCAAUGUUCUAACGGGUCAUAUACCGGACUCGUUAUUUCAAAAUCUGAAUUUGCAUCAACUGUAUCUUAGUGAAAACAAUCUCAAUAGUUCUAUUCCUUCAAAUGUGGGGAAUUUGAGGCAGGUAUUGCAUUUGUAUCUGUAUGGAAAUCAGUUGUCUGGUACCAUACCUUCUUCCAUUGGGAAUUGUAGUCAAUUGGUGCAUCUUUAUUUGGAUCACAACCAAUUAGUGGGAAUAUUGCCCAAUAGUCUUAACAAUCUUGAUAAUCUUGUUAAUCUGGGUGUAAGCCACAACAAUCUUGAGGGUCCAAUUCCUUUGGGUUCAGGCAAUUGCAAGAGUCUAGAAUAUAUAGAUUUGUCUUUCAAUGGUUAUACAGGAAGUAUACCAGCUGGGCUAGGCAAGUGUAGUCGCCUAACGACCUUAAUCAUUGUCAAUUCAAGUCUAACAGGUCAUAUUCCUUCCUCCUUUGGCCGCCUAAGUAACCUUUCGCUUCUGGAUCUCUCUAGAAAUCAACUGUCUGGUAAUAUACCUCCUGAACUUGGGGCUUGCAAAUCCUUGAGAGAACUGAAUUUGUAUGUCAACCAACUUGAGGGACAUAUCCCUAGUGAAUUAGGUUUGCUAAGUGGUUUAGAGACCCUUCAAUUGUUUUCGAACCGAUUGACUGGUGAGAUUCCAAUUAGCAUCUGGAAGAUUGCAAGUCUCCAACAUAUUCUUGUGUACGAAAACAACCUUUCUGGUGAACUACCCUUGAUAAUCACUGAACUCAAGCACCUCAAAAAUAUUUCUUUGUUCGAAAACCAUUUUUCUGGUGUCAUACCUCAAAGUUUGGGACUCAGCAGUAGCUUAGUGCAAGUGGAGUUCACCAAUAACCAGUUCACCGGUCAACUUCCACCUAAUUUAUGCUCUGGAAAGACAUUAAGGAUGUUAAACUUAGGUUUCAAUCAAUUUCAAGGAAAUGUACCUUCCGAUAUAGGAACUUGUUUGACUCUUCAGAGAUUGAUUUUGAAAAGGAAUAAUCUAACAGGGGUUCUGCCGGAAUUUAUGAGAAAUCACAGUCUUCGAUUCAUGGAUGCCAGUGAAAAUGACCUGCAUGGAAAAAUUCCCUCAAGUUUGGGAAAUUGCAUCAAUCUCACCUCAAUUAAUUUGUCAAGGAACAAGCUUACAGGUCUUAUGCCGAAUGAGUUGGGAAAUCUCGUGAAUAUUCAGAGUUUGAGCUUGUCUCACAACUUCUUGGAAGGACCUUUGCCAUCAUCCCUCUCAAAUUGUAUCGAGUUGAAUAAUUUUGAUGUAGGAUUCAAUUUACUGAAUGGUUCUGCAUCUCGUACUUUGGCCGGCUGGAAAGUUAUAUCCACAUUGAUAUUAAAAGAGAAUCAAUUUACAGGAGGCAUUCCGAAAGUAUUAUCAGAACUUGAAAGCCUUUCAGUGCUAGAUCUUGGUGGCAAUUUGUUUGGAGGAGAAAUCCCUUCAUCUAUUGGAGGUUGGAAGAAUAUGUUCUAUUCCCUGAAUCUCAGUGACAAUGGGUUAACUGGCCAAAUACCUUCUGAGCUGAAGAAUCUGGUCAUGGUAGAGAGGUUAGAUUUGUCUCACAAUAAUUUGACUGGAAGUAUAAGAGUUCUUGGUGAACUAAGUUCAUUGUUAGUCGAGUUUAACAUUUCAGAUAAUUUCUUCACGGGUCCUGUGCCACAGUCAUUAAUGAAGUUUCUGAAUUCUCGUCCCUCAUCGUUCUUAGGUAAUCCUGGGCUUUGCAUGAGCUGUGAUGAACUAGAUGCCUUAAGUUGCAAUGUAAGUAGCAUUAUCAAACUUUGUGCUAGCCAUUCGAGCUCUCGUGGUAGCUCUCGUCUUAACAAUAUUCAAAUUGCAAUGGUAGCUCUUGGAUCUUCACUCUUUAUUGUCUUUUUGCUUCUUGGGUUGGUUUAUAAAUUUGUUUACAUCAGAAGAAACAAGGAAAAAACUGACACCUCUGCCCAAGUAGGAACAACUUCUUUGCUUGUCCACCAGGUAAUAGAGGCCACUGAUAAUUUAGAUGAGCGUUUCAUCAUUGGGAGAGGAGCACAUGGAGUUGUUUACAAGGCUUCCCUGGAUUCGGUGAGAGCUUUUGCCGUAAAGAAGCUUACAUUUGGAGGAUGUAAAGGGGGAAGCCAGAGUAUGAUUAGAGAAAUUCAAACCGUUGGUAACAUCAAACACCGAAACCUGAUCGCUUUGGAAGAUUUUUGGUUGGGAAAAGACUAUGGUCUACUACUUUACAGAUACCAACCUAAUGGGAGCCUUGAUGAUGUGUUGCAUCAGAUGAAUCCUGCUCCAGCUCUAACAUGGGAAGUUCGUCACAAUAUAGCCAUUGGUAUUGCACAUGGAUUGACAUAUCUUCAUUAUGAUUGCGAUCCUCCUAUAAUACACCGAGACAUUAAACCGCAGAAUAUACUUCUAGAUUCGGAGAUGGAACCUCAUAUUACUGAUUUUGGUCUUGCAAAGCUGCUGGACCAAACUUCUGCACCAACGGCUUCUUCUUCUUUUGCAGGAACAAUUGGCUACAUUGCACCAGAGAAUGCAUUCUCAGCAGCAAAGAGCAAAGCUUCCGAUGUUUACAGUUUCGGAGUGCUUUUACUCGAGCUGAUAACAAGAAAGAAGCCAUCAGAUCUAUCAUUUAUGGAGGUGGGGAAUAUCAUGGUUUGGGUUCGUUCGGGUUGGAAUGAGACAGAAGAAAUAGACAAUAUUGUUGAUCCAAUGCUUGUGGAAGAACUUGUAGAUUCUGAUCGAAGGGAGCAGAUUAAGAAGGUGGUUUUGGUGGCUUUGAGAUGCACAGAAAAGGAUCCUAACAAGAGACCUAUGAUGAGAGAUGUUGUGAACCACUUGAUUGAUUCGAAGACAAGUCAUUAAAUCAAAUACUUACCUUGUUUUUCUUUCCUUCUCUCCAUAGCUGUUUUCAUUAAUGCUCAAAUUUGAUUAUGUAAUGAGCAUUUCUUUCACGUAUAUUUAAUCUCCUAGUUUUUGGCAUAUACAUACUUCAAGGCUUAUUUUACAAUGAUUGAAUCCAUAUGACUCUAAGUUCCCUAGCAAAAAGUAUUCCCCAAUACAUAUAUAACAUUCAUCUCC